CCACCAGCCUUCCAGUCCUACAGGAACCAGCCACCAGCCCUCCAGUCCUACAGGAACCAGCCACCAGCCCUCCAGUCUGGCAGUAACCAGCCACCAGCCAUCCAGUCUGGCAGGAACCAGCCACCAGCCCUCCAGUCCUGCAGGAACCAGCCACCAGCCUUCCAGUCCUGCAGGAACCAGCCACCAGCCUUCCAGUCCUACAGGAACCAGCCACCAGCCACCAGCCCUGAAGGAACCAGCCACCAGCCCUCCAGUCCUGCAGGAGCCAGCCACCAGCCCUCCAGUCCUGCAGGAACCAGCCACCAGCCCUCCAGUCCUCCAGGAACCAGCCCUACCGUCCUGAAGGAACCAGCCACCAGCCUUCCAGUCCUACAGGAACCAGCCACCAGCCACCAGCCCUGCAGGAACCAGCUACCAGCCCUGCAGGAACCAGCCACCAGCCCUCCAGAGCCAGCCACCAGCCCUGAAGGAACCAGCCACCAGCCCUCCAGGAGCCAGCCACCAGCCCUCCAGCCCAGAAGGAGCCAGCCAUCAGCCCUCCAGUCCUGCAGGAACCAGCCACCAGCCCUCCAGGAGGCAGCCACCAGCCCUCCAGGAGGCAGCCACCAGCCCUCCAGGAGGCAGCCACCAGCCCUCCAGGAGGCAGCCACCAGCCCUCCAGUCCAGAAAGAACCAGCCACCAGCCCUCCAGGAGCCAUCCACCACCCUCCAGUCCAGAAGGAACCAGCCACCAGCCCUCCAGUCCAGAAGGGACCAGCCACCAGCCCUCCAGUCCAGAAGGAACCAGCCACCAGCCCACUCAGGGAGCCAGCCACCAGCCCUCCAGGAGCCAGCCACCAGCCCUCCAGAACCAGCCACCAGCCCUCCAGGAACCAGCCACCAGCCCUCCAGGAGGCAGCCACCAGCCCUCCAGGAGGCAGCCGCCAGCCCUCCAGGAGGCAGCCGCCAGCCCUCCAGGAGCCAGCCGCCAGCCCUCCAGUCCAGAAGGAACCAGCCACCAGCCCUCCAGUCCUGAAGGAACCAGCCAUCAGCCCUCCAGUCCUGAAGGAACCAGCCAUCAGCCCUCCAGUCCUGAAGGAACCAGCCAUCAGCCCUCCAGUCGCCAGCCACCAGCCCUCCAGGAGCCAGCCACCAGCCCUCCAGGAGCCAGCCACCAGCCCUCCACCAGCCACCAGCCCUGAAGGAACCAGCCACCAGCCCUGCAGGAACCAGCCACCAGCCCUCCAGUCCUCCAGGAACCAGCCAGCAACCCUCCAGGAACCAGCCACCAGCCCUCCAGCCCUGCAGGAACCAGCCACCAGCCACCAGCCCUGCAGUCCUGCAGGAGCCAGCCAUCAGCCCUCUUGGAACCAGCCACCAGCCCUCCAGUCCUCUUGGAACCAGCCACCAGCCCUCCAGUCCUGCAGGAACCAGCCACCAGCCUUCCAGUCCUGCAGGAACCAGCCACCAGCCUUCCAGUCCUACAGGAACCAGCCACCAGCCCUGAAGGAACCAGCCACCAGCCCUCCAGUCCUGCAGGAGCCAGCCACCAGCCCUCCAGUCCUGCAGGAACCAGCCACCAGCCCUCCAGUCCUCCAGGAACCCUACCGCCCUGAAGGAACCAGUUCCUCCUACAGGAAGGAACCAGCCACCAGCCCUCCAGGGAACCAGCCCUCCAGUCCUAGUCAGGAACCAGCCACCAGCCACCAGCCCUGCAGGAACCAGCUACCAGCCCUGCAGGAACCAGCCACCAGCCCUCCACCACCAGCCCUCCAGGAGCCAGCCACCAGCCCUCCAGUCCUCCAGGAGCCAGCCACCAGCCCUGCAGUCCUGCAGGAGCCAGCCAUCAGCCCUCUUGGAACCAGCCACCAGCCCUCCAGUCCUCUUGGAACCAGCCACCAGCCCUCCAGUCCUGCAGGAACCAGCCACCAGCCUUCCAGUCCUGCCAGGAACCAGCCACCAGCCUCCAGUCCCCAGUCCUGGGAACCAGCCACCAGCCCUGAAGGAACCAGCCACCAGCCACUCAGUCCUGCAGAAAUCCAGCCACCAGCCAGCCAGGAACCAGCCCUCCAGUCCUGCAGGAACCAGCCACCAGCCCUCCAGUCCUCCAGAACCAGCCCUACCGUCCUGAAGGAACCAGCCACCAGCCUUCCAGUCCUACAGGAACCAGCCACCAGCCACCAGCCCUGCAGGAACCAGCUACCAGCCCUGCAGGAACCAGCCACCAGCCCUCCAGUCCUCCAGAACCAGCCCUCCCAUCCUGAAGGAACCAGCCACCAGCCCUGCAGGAACCAGCCACCUAGCCCCUCCAGCCCUGCAGGAGCCAGCCACAAGCCCCACCCUGGAGGAACCAGCCACCAGCCCUCCAGUCCUGAAGGGAACCAGCCACCAGCCCUCCAGGAGCCAGCCACCAGCCCUCCAGGAGCCAGCCACCAGCCCUCCAGGAGCCAGUCACCAGCCCUCCAGGAGCCAGCCACCAGCCCUCCAGGAGCCAGCCACCGUGCACUCCAGGAGCCAGCCACCAGCCUCCAGUCCUCCAGGAGCCAGCCACCAGCCCUGAAGGAACCAGCCACCAGCCCUCCAGGAGCCAGGCACCAGCCCUCCAGCCCAGAAGGAGCCAGCCAUCAGCCCUCCAGUCCUGCAGGAACCAGCCACCAGCCUCCAGGGCAGCCACCAGCCCUCCAGGAGGCAGCCACCAGCCCUCCAGGAGCCAGCCACCAGCCCUCCAGUCCAGAAAGAACCAGCCACCAGCCCUCCAGGAGCCAUCCACCACCCUCCAGUCCAGAAGGAACCAGCCACCAGCCCUCCAGUCCAGAAGGAACCAGCCACCAGCCCUCCAGGAGCCAGCCACCAGCCCUCCAGGAGCCAGCCACCAGCCCUCCAGUCCUGAAGGAACCAGCCAUCAGCCUCCAGUCCUCCAGGAGCCAGCCACCAGCCUCCAGGAGCCAGCCGCCACCAGCCCUCCAGCCCAGAAGGAGCCAGCCACCAGCCCUGGAAGGAACCAGCCACCAGCCCUCCAGGAACCAGCCACCAGCCCUCCAGGAACCAGCCACCAGCCCUCCAGGAGGCAGCCACCAGCCUCCAGGAGGCAGCCGCCAGCCCAGGAGGCAGCCGCCAGCCCUCCAGGAGCCAGCCAGCCCCUCCAGUCCAGAAGGAAACCAGCCACCAGCCCUCCAGUCCCUGAAAGGAACCAGCCAUCAGCCCUCCAGUCCUGAAGGAACCAGCCAUCAGCCCUCCAGUCCUGAAGGAACCAGCCAUCAGCCCUCCAGUCGCCAGCCACCAGCCCUCCAGGAGCCAGCCACCAGCCCUCCAGCCCAGAAGGAAUUCAGCCACCAGCCCUCCACCACCAGCCCUGAAGAACCAGCCACCAGCCCUGCAGAACCAGCCACCAGCCCUCCAGUCCUCCAGGAACCAGCCACCAACCCUCCAGGAACCAGCCACAGCCCUCCAGCCCCUGCAGGAACCAGCCACCAGCCACCAGCCCUGCAGUCCUGCAGGAGCCAGCCAUCAGCCCUCUUGGAACCAGCCACCAGCCCUCCAGUCCUCUUGGAACCAGCCACCAGACCUCCAGUCCUCUUGAACCAGCCACCAGCCCUCCAGUCCUCCAGAACCAGCCACCAGCCCUUCCAGUCCUGCAGGAACCAGCCACCAGCCCUCCACCAGCAGGAACCAGCCACCAGCCCUCCAGACCAGCAGAACCAGCCACCAGCCCUCCACCAGCAGGUGUCUCCAGUGUACCACUGGUAUGUCCACACC